UCGACAUGUCUUGUGCACGAAUGUAGUCCUCAAUUUUAUGAAUUUUCGCGGACUAUGGACAUAAUUUUUUACCUGCUAGUUAUAGCUUUGUUUAACACCCAGGUGCAUGGAACUUAUUCUCAAUGUUUACGCGGGUGCAGCUGUGUAGAAGACCGCCAUGGAAGGUCGCUCAUAUGUAUGGAGGAGAGUGCGUUUGGGGCCAUACCAGAGAACCUUCCAGACGAUAUGACCAAAAUACGCAUAGAAAAAUCUCGCUUCACUGAAAUACCCAGAGGGGCAUUCUCACAAACGCCUGCCUUGGAGAACUUGUGGUUGAACUUCAAUGAUAUCACACUGAUCAACUCCAAAGGUCUGGAGGGUUUGGGGAACUUGACCGAGCUCCGUCUGCAAGGCAACAAGCUUCGGUCGGUACCGUGGACCGCGUUCGAGGACACGCCGGCCCUGAAGAUCCUGGACCUGAAGCACAACCAGCUGGACGUCCUGCCGGAGCAUGCGUUAAAAUUUUUGCCAAACCUCACCUACUUAGACUUAUCCUUUAAUCGGCUUACGGUCAUAUCGAAGGAGGUCUUCCAAAACUGGCCUCUCUACCAGAAAGUGCGGAGCGCUGAGGAGCGCGAGGGGACCCAUUUGGGGCCCAACGUGGUGCUGGCGCUCCACGACAACCCGUGGCUCUGCGACUGCCGCCUGAAGGGCUUUGUGGAGUUCAUCAGGUCCCUGAGCCCCCCGAUUAUUCUGAUGAACUCCUACUUGAGCUGCUCAGGCACGGACUAUAAGGCGGGCAAGUUCUUCCACGAGGUCGAGCUGCAGGCGUGCGUAAAGCCCGCCGUCACCAUCACCCCAUCCUCCAACAUCAGCCUGCCGCAGGGCGCAAACCUCACCCUGCGCUGCCUCGCCAAGGCCAGGCCGGAGCCCGCGGUGUGGUGGACAUAUGGGCUGAAGAUAAUCAGAGGAUUUCAUGAGUCUCAGGAAAGAGUGGAUGAAGACACCAUCAGAUCCAUCCUGGUGAUCCCCUCCCUCCACGCAGGUGACCGUGGCGUCUACACCUGCACUGCCGUCAACUUCAUUGGAAACUCGUCUGCCAGCGUCCUCCUGGACGUCCCAUCUCCUGACAGCUCCCAGUCAUCGCUCUUCCCUGGCAACCCGGCUCCACCUGCUGAUGAAAACGUCUACAUUGACAUCCGCAUUGCCAAACAGACAGUUCGUGGUAUUGCCAUUGAGUGGUACGCCGUCUUGGACCGCCCCACUGAAACCUGGUUUACCAUCCACUUUGGCCGCGCAGGCACUGAUAAGAAAGAAAAUAUCUACAUCGGCCCUGGGAUUCACUCUUACUCCGUCUCUGAUCUGACGCCUGCUACCAAAUAUGAAAUCUGUGUAUCCCUCAAGAACCAGGCACUGCGUCCUGGCCAGUGCAUUGUGUUUGUAACAGGAAGUGACAUUAAUGAGAUGGAACAGAGGGAGAAGCUGAUUCAUAUAGUGUUUAUAGUUUUAGCCAUGGUGUUGGCUGUGCCUAUAGGUAUGUAUGCCUGCACCACUGACAAUAAGUUUGCCUGCCUGGAGGGUAUCAUAGUGUGCUGGAAGAACCGGCAGAGAGAAAGAGGCCCGUCUGCGAUGGAGCGGGAAAGGCAGGGCAACUUCGACAGCCUGCAGGCCGCUAGCGACGAGGGCCUGGUUAAUAAAGAUUCCAGUGAAGACAGGAAGGUGAGGAGGAGGUCAGAUGACAGACUGUAUAACGGCAAAGCCGACCAAAGCAGACUCCCAGCUGAACUAUAUUAAAUUUGUUAAACCAACAAAAGAAACUGACCUUGUAAUAUAGACCAAAGUCCCAUUCUGUAUCUGUUCUUUUUGUAAAAUAGAAUAGAACAAAUAGAUCAUCUGAAUGACACUGAUUUUAAUACUCGUAUAAGUACAAUAUUCAAAGAAUGACCAUGUUGUUUGCCUUGUUUUUAAUCUCAUCUCUCCCUCUGUUCUAGGCCGGGGAGGUUGUUGCAAAUAUGUGAAUGAUGACCGUUAUGUCAAGAGUGUACAGUAAUUCAAGGAUUUGCACCACUGUUUUUUUCUGUCUGAAAUAUGACAUGUUUGUCUUGUUAUCAUAUGUUUAAAUGUCAAUUAUCACACAGUUUGAAUUGCUGCUUUAUAUGAAGCCUUUGUGAUUGUUUUUACUUCUGAUGAGUACAUUUUUGAAAAGUCUUAGUAGUAGGUGUAUACUUUAUCUUUAUGUAAUACUGUGUUUGAUAAAAAACAUAAAACAAUAUUAAAGUGCUAUUCAUCUAUGGCGUCAAAAUAGGGUCAAAAUUACUGUAGCCGGGAAUCACAGUAUCUGAAUGUGCGAAAACAUUUUGUAUGAAUACAUUCAAAUCUGUGAAUGUGUAAAAAAAAACCAUCUGACCUAAUAGAUUACAUUUCUGAAUCCGAAAGGAGAUCUUUAGCUGUGCAUGACAUUUUGUGAACGA